GCGGGGCGCGGCCGGUCGGGCUGUGUCCAGCGGCCCACGGCCCGUGUCGGGGGGGACGGGGACUCGGUCGGGGGGCGGGCGAGCCCCUUCGGCGUCCGUGCGGCUCCGGCGGGCCCCGCCCCCUCGGGGGAAGCGGCGGCUCGGCUUCCGGAAACGGGCCGAUCGUUGAAACCCAGUCCUGCCCGACUGGGGAACUGCGACCGUGAGGCAUGCAGAUCCAAGAGAAACGACCACAGAAUUAGCAUUCUGGUGCAGAAGCUCCAGUAGGAAAGUGGUCCGUCCCCCACGGAAUAGGAAAGUGAUACUCACCCAGGAUGGAAGUGUGUCCUUACUGUAAGAAGCCAUUCAAACGAUUAAAAUCCCACUUGCCAUACUGUAAGAUGAUAGGACUAACUGUACCUGCUGAUCAGUCCAAGCCAGCUACACGCCCACACACUAAAAAAAUGAAAAAAAUCGCAGACAUCAAGAAUACUAAAGAGAGAGAGUUAGAGACGGAGAGUAAGAAGAGAAAUACUGACUUGGUAAAAUACAAACCAGAACAGGCAGUGAAGUCUUUUCCACUACUGGCUGUUGGUUUGGAAAGUAAUACAAAGGCAGAUAAAGACAUUAAGAAUACAGUUCAGUGCUCCAUCAAAAAGCUAAAAAAUACUAAGCCAAAGAUUACUUUCCAGGGAGAAACGAAGGCUCAGUUUUAUGCAUCAGAGAACACCACUCCUAAAACAGAACUUGCCAAAGAUUUGCCUGCAUCAGGAGAAAGUAGAAGUAAUCUUUCAGAAACUGAAACAUCUUUACUUCUUGUCCCAGUUGAACCUUCUUUGUCAAAUCAAGAUAGAAAAUAUUCUUCAGCCUUACCCAAUGAUGUACCGACCACUUCUACUAAUUUAAGGUUGGACAAAAUUGAUUCCUCAAGACAGAAGCUUCUAGUAGAUUUAUUAGAUAUGCCUAUUGGUGAUUAUCACAGUUCUCCCAUGAAUCUCAGUUACGGGGUUGAAAGAACAACAUCUUUGUCAAGCAAUGAGAGUGUGUCCAAGGCCAGGGACCACCUCUCAGAAGUCUCUACUGAUGUUAGAGACUCCAAGACUCAAGAAAACAUGGAAUCACAAAUAAAUUUUAAAGUUAGCCCAGUGAAUGACAUCCAAGUCAAGGAGACCCAAGAAAAAGGACAGAAGCUUGGAAUAGACACACGUGGGAACAAAGGAAAUAGAGAGAAAAGCGUAUCUGUGCUAGAAAUGCAGGAAUGGGCUUCUCUGAACGGUGAUGCAGAGAACUUUAGUAGUGGUGAUUCAGCCACAGAGAAGAAAUGUCAAGAUGAAGGUCCGGGUUUACAUUUGUUCACUCCAAGGGAGACAGCCUGCAGUGAGCUGCUUUCUGCAUCACAGUCCCAUAAUCAAAGCCUCACCUCUCUAGCUGUCAGAUUUUUUCAAGAAGAGAAAGCAGAAGCCUGCAGUCCUAACCAAGUCCUCAAUGUGAAGGCAUUAACAGAGAACAGUGAACGAGCUUCUAUGCAGCACAGAUCUGGCUGUGGGCCCCAAGUAUCACACCAUGGGUGCCAGCAGACCUUACAUUCAGUCCUGCCUCACGCCUCCUCCAGCCCCUUCAGUCAGAUGGGCGUUGUUGAUAGGAAGACCCUUUCAAGCACCCUGGGGCUGGAGUGGUUUCCAGAGCUCUAUCCUGGUUAUCUUGGACUAGGAGUGUUGCCAGGGAAGCCCCAGUAUUGGAAUGCAAUGGCCCAGAAGCCUCAGCUCACCAAUCCCCAGGGAGAGAGACUGUCACAAGUUCCUUUGUUGGAAAGAAGCUCGACUGCUCUCAAGAGUUUGGAACCCCCGACCAGACUUACAACCUCCAACUUGUUUCUGAUGAGGCUCUUGGGAGCUGUCCAGAAAGGCUGGAUCAGGUGCAGCACCACCGUGAGGAGUGGAGUUGGGGGCGUCACCAUGCUCUUCACGGGGUACUUCGUCCUGUGGUGCGGCUGGAGUUUCCGGCAUCUGAAGCUGCAGCGCUGGCGCAAGUGACGACGUGGACACCAUGUAAGGAAGCUCGGAGGCUGCAGGGAGCGUGCGGUAGAGGCAGCUGCGGUGCAUGUUUAACAAUGUAAAAUGGUUUGGGGGUUGGGGAAGGAGUGAAAAGAAUAAAAUUAUUGGGAUCUAAAACAGUUC